AUGGCGAGAGUGCAGGUCGACGUGGAAGGGGGCGUGAGGAAACACAGGGAGGCGUUUGGAUUGGACGAAAAUCGGACUGACAGCACGAGAAGACCCGCCCACAACGAGGGGAACGAGGGGCAUUUAGAGAACAUCAUACAAGGAAUCAUGAGAUCACUCACAAGUGUUCGAGCUACAGACAUGGACCGGUUGUUUUGCGUUUCUCUAAUGCUCACCCACCUGCCGCUAACAGACAGCACGGGGAAAGAACAGAGAUGGAGGGAGAUCUGGAGAAAAACAGGACAAGUGGUUGUUCUGCCUUGUGAUGUCAGCUCAAACUCCUCCAGCCACAAUUAUCAGUGGUUUGUUUUCAAAGAAAACUCCCACUUUCAUCUCAACCUAAGUGGGAUUUCACUCAAACACAGCCUCAAGGGAGCCUCUUUACGCAUCGAGCAACUUAAUACUUAUGACAGCGGGAUCUACCACUGUGCUGCAGUGAAACAUUUUCAAAGAACAAAAAACUCAUCGUUGGUAGGGCUGGGUACGUCUCUUACAGUGAAAGGACAUGUUAAAACUAUGGUAAAGAACAUUCUUCUGUGGUUGUCAUUUGUCCUCCUUCUCCUCUACAGCGUGGCAAUAGUGACGCUUGUCAUCUUAAAAAAGUAUGGCUGCAGAAGGAUGGGCAAAAUCAACAAGAAACACUCAACUAAAACAAGAUUCCACGAUGUGCUGCAAGAAAUGAACAAGAAAAGACAUUUGGAAGGAGGAAAACAAACUUCAGGCCAAAACGGUUCACAAGUUGAGACAGCAAGUCCUGAAUUCAACAGCUCAACUGAUGGCAUCUAUCAAAAUGUCAAAAGAGUUGAUGAAGUAUGUUGAAUGACAGUCAGACCUCCAUCGUCUGAGAAGAUUUCCAAAACUACGCAACAGCUGACAGGAGGACGCUCAUGUGACUGAGGAAAUUGACACAUCAGCAGAGGAUGCAAGUUGGCUCUAUGCCCGGUCACGUAUUUAUUUUUUUAAUGAAAUGAGACAUACACACCACAACAAAGGUGCUGAUUCACUUUUUCUUUCCUCUCUAAUUUUUCAGUUUUAGACAUGAACAUACGGCAUUUAUGGUC